AUGCGGGGCCCCCGCCCCCCGGACCCGCGCCGCGCGGCCCGCACCCCGGCCUGCAGGCGGCGGGCGGCCCGGUGCGCAGGCGCCAGCCGGCGGGGCUCCGGCCGGGGUGCGGCGCGGGGGCGCUGCGGGCCUCGCAGGCCCGCCAGGAUGAAGGGGCGUGCUGAAGUGGAGAUGCUGAGAACCCUGAAGGGCCCCUCCACGGGGGAGGUCAGCGUGCACCUGGUGCCCAGGGGCAGCCCGGGGCCUGGCCCGCACCUGCCCACCGCCGCCUUCAUCAUUCCAGCCAGCUCGGCCACCCUGGGCCUGCCCAGCGGUCCCCUGGAGGUGUCCUGCUCCCCCCGGGAGCCCAUCCACGCGGGCGCCCCGCAGCGAGUGCCCGUCACGGCCACCGUUCGGCCGCAGCGGAGCGCAGGGCCGGCGGCCCGCUCCGGCGCCCGCACCGCGCGGCUUCGGGGCCGGACCGAGGCCGAGGCGCCGGCCCCGCGACCCGGGGGCCGCUUGCGGAGCCGGCGAAGGGAGCCCGCGCCGCGGACCAUGGUGGGAGCCGAGCAGCCCCCGAGCCCCGAGCUGCGCCGGGAAGCCGUGGCCGAGUACGGAAAAGGCCAGGCGCCCGCGGGAGGCGGCGAUGCGGGCGCCCAGCAGCGGGCGGACCUCCCCCAGGACCCUCCCGGAGAUGCCCCGCGAGACGCCCCGGAGAACGGUGCCACCUGCCAGUGCCGGGCGUGCGAGCCGCCGCCGGGCUCCCGCCCGGAAGCCGGCGCCUGCAGGGGAGGCUGCCCCUGCCCGCCGCGGCUCCCGGAGCGGCCGGCCACAGCGGAGGGCCCCUCCGGCCAGAAGGCCCCCAGCAGCACCUCGGAGCUGCUCAAGCCCGUGAAGAAGAGGAAGUACCGGGAGUACCACAGCCCCUCCGAGGAGUCCGAGCCAGACGCCCUGGAGAAGCGAGAAGAAAGGAAGGACCCAGAGGGACAGCCCGCGGCCAGCAUUCCGGAAAGUGAGGAGUGGAACGGGGGCCAGCCUGCGUCCGGGGAGAAGGAGGAGGGCUGGUCCUGGGAGUCGUACCUCAAGGAGCAGAAGGCCAUCACCGCGCCCGUCAGCCUCUUCCAGGACUACCAGACGGUCCCUCCGAACAAGAACGGCUUCCGGUCGGGCAUGAAGCUGGAAGGCAUCGACCCUCAGCACCCGUCCCUGUACUUCGUCCUCACGGUGGCCGAGGUGUGUGGCUACCGUCUCCGACUGCACUUUGACGGGUAUUCUGAGUGCCAUGACUUCUGGGUCAAUGCCAACUCCCCCGACAUCCACCCCGCUGGCUGGUUUGAGAAGACGGGGCACACGCUGCAGCUCCCCACAGGUUACGAGGACGAGGACGAGUUCAGCUGGAGCGAGUACCUGCGCUGCACGAGGGCCCAGGCCGCCCCCAAGCACCUGUUCGUGAGCCAGAGACACAGUUCCCUACCCCUGGGCUUCCAGGUGGGCAGGAAGCUGGAGGCUGUGGACCGCAUGAACCCAUCCCUUGUCUGCGUGGCCAGCGUGAGCGACGUGGUGGGCAGCCGCUUCCUGGUGCACUUCGACAACUGGGACGACACUUACGACUACUGGUGUGAUGCCAGCAGCCCCUACAUCCACCCGGUCGGCUGGUGCCAGAAGCACGGAAAGCCCCUCACGCCUCCACAAGACUACCCAGACCCUGAUAGCUUCUGUUGGGAGAAAUAUCUGGAGGAAACGAGAACUACUGCUGUGCCCUCCUGGGCCUUCAAGGUGCGACCCCCGCACGGCUUCCUUGUUAACAUGAAGCUGGAGGCCGUGGACCGCAGGAACCCAUCCCUGAUCCGCGUGGCCAGCGUGGAGGACGUGGAGGACCAUCGGAUAAAGCUCCACUUUGACGGCUGGAGUCAUGCCUUUGACUUCUGGAUUGAUGCCGACCACCCGGACAUCCACCCCGCCGGCUGGUGCUCCAAGACAGGGCACCCCCUGCAGCCUCCUCUCCAUCCCAGAGAGCUCGGCUCUGCCUCCCCUGAGAGCUGUCUCCCUCUCAGCUACUGGGGCCUGCCGCACACGCGGACUUCCAAGUACAGCUUCCACCACCGGAAGUGCCCCACGCCUGGCUGUGACGGCUCCGGCCACAUCACAGCACUAACGCCCGAUGUCAUCCACCAGUCCUUCUUCAUGUCGUCCCUGUCGGCCCACCCUGACCGGUACCUCUCCGUGUGCUGGGAGCAGCACUGCAAGCUCCUGCCGGGAGUGGCGGGCAUCUCGGCCUCCACAGUGGCCAAGUGGACCAUCGACGAGGUCUUCGGCUUCGUUCAGACCCUGACAGGCUGUGAGGACCAAGCACAAGUCUUCAAGGAUGAGGCGGACAUUGUGAAGAUCAUGAGCGUCAAGCUGGGUCCAGCCUUGAAGAUCUAUAACGCCAUUCUCAUGUUCAAAAACGCCGAUGACUCCUUAAAGUGA